AUGAACCACUUAAAUCACAGCAGUGUCUUAGUGUCCCAUACGGAAUUUGUUCUCUUGGGGUUCCCCGGAAUCUUGGAUCACAGGAAAUUGCUGGCAAUUCCAUUCCUUUUUAUCUAUGUGACCAUCUUGGCUGGCAACUCCCUCAUUAUAUAUCGUAUUGGUGUAGAAAACAGUCUUCACUCCCCAAUGUAUUUCUUCAUCACUGUUCUCUUUGCUGUCAAUGUGUCUUGUACAACUUCUGUAAUACCUAAAUUAAUCCUCGGGUUGUCCUUCGGCAUGAACCAGAUCUCCCUGGGUGGGUGUUUGGUGCAGAUGUUUUAUAUUUAUUUUUUGGCUAUUUUUGAGUCCGGACUCAUUUUGUCAAUGGCUCUGGAUAGGUAUGUGGCUAUUUGCAGGCCUCUGCGCUAUAAUGAUAUCAUGACCAAGAAUAUGCUUGUCCAGCUGGUCCUCAUCGGUAUGGUGAGGAGCUUCGUGUUGGCAUCUCCAAUGGUCAUACUGGCUUCCAGGGUCCAGUACUGUAGAUCCAAUGUCAUCCUGAAUUUUGUUUGUGAGAACAUGGGACUUCUAAGCUUGGCGUGUGGAGACAUCACACCACACAAAAUUGUGGGCCUCAGUGUCAGGGUCUUGGUCACAGGGGUAGAUGUCAGUCUUCUUCUGCUGUCCUACUCCAGCAUCCUCUACACAGCCAUGAAGAUUGUUAUAGGGAAAGCCCGUGGUAAGGCUCUGCACACCUGCGGCACACACCUUCUGGUAGCCAUGGUUUUGUAUAUGAGCGCACUGUCAUCAUCUGUGUUGUACAGAAUGGACACAAUAAUCGCUUACAAUGUUCAAAAUCUGUUCAACGCAAUAUACCUCAUGAUCCCGGCCACUGUAAAUCCCUUUAUCUACGGCUUAGGGGUGAAAGAAAUCAGACGAUGCCUGAUUAAAUCCCUCAGGAAGAAGAAAGCCAAUCUGCCACCUUCAGUGUCCAUUCAUGCUAACAGGACAUUUGCUCACCAAAUCACUGCUGAAGGAGCGGGAGACAAAUGA